AUGGGUUGGAGGAAGGGCCGCCGGCGGAAGAAAAGAAGUUCAGGAUGUGAGCCGGUGUAUCUGAACGUUUACGAUGUUUCCCCCACGAACGGCUACUCCUACUGGCUCGGCCUCGGAGUGUACCAUUCCGGGGUGGAAGUUUACGGCGUUGAGUAUGCUUUCGGGGCUCACGAGAGUUCGUGGUCGGGGAUAUUCGAAGGAGAACCGAAGAAGUGCGAAGGAUUCAAGUUCAGGAAGAGGGUGAUGAUAGGGAAGACGGGGAUGGGAGAAAGUGAGGUGAAGGCAGUGAUGGAGGAGCUUGGCGGAGAGUACAGAGGGAAUGCAUACAAUUUGAUAAGCAAGAACUGCAACCAUUUCUCCAACGCCGCCUCUCGCAGGCUCACCGGAAAAUCUAUUCCCGCUUGGGUGAAUCGCCUUGCCAAAUUCGGGAUGUGUUGCAAAUGUGUUGUGCCGCCGGUGAGAUUGGAUGCAACCAUGGCCAAUACUCACCGCACCAUUAAUUGCGACAACAUGCCAACCUGCCAAUUGCCCGCCUACAGGGAAACACUAGAACCGCACCAAUAUAAAUAG